UUGGCUCGUGGUAGCUGAGGUCGAGCCCACAGCCUUGUUUUUAAACGUGCCAGCUCCACAGAGCUCUUGUGCAGGGAUAGGAAGACGCCUUGGGACAUGCUCAACGACUCAAACAUCACAGCAACGAUGGAUGAAUCCCAUUGUGAACAUUUGAACUACACCGAGUACUACGACUGUUUGCUCUCAAACCUCAGUAAUUCCUCGCUUUACGACGAUGGCGAAUCUGACUGGUGUGAGGCUAAUGAUCAACAGGAGCACAUCAUCAAAGUGUUUCAGACGUGCGCGUUCUGCCUGAUUUUCAUACUGGGAGUUUUGGGAAACUGUCUAGUGAUCGCCACAUUUGCUCUCUACCGCCGCCUGCGCCUUCGCUCCAUGACCGACGUCUUUCUGUUCCACCUCGCGGUGGCUGAUCUCCUCCUGCUCCUCACGCUCCCAUUGCAGGCAAUAGACACUCACGAGGGUUGGAUUUUCCCUGUUGCCCUCUGCAAACUCCUGCGUGCUUGCUAUGCGAUCAACACGUACAGCGGGCUGCUGCUGCUUGCCUGCAUCAGCGUCGACCGCUACAUGGUUGUGGCCCGGGCCCAAGAGAUGCUACGGCUGCGCAGUCUGAUACUAACGGCGGGCAAAAUAGCUGCUGUGGGUGUCUGGACUGUUGCUCUUCUCCUAAGCCUGCCUGAAAUCCUCUUCUCUGGGGUUUCGGGGACUGGUAAGCAAGCAUAUUGUGGCAUGCAAAAGAGUGGGCAUGACAAGAUGGCCACCAAUGGAGCCAUCAUCUGUGUCUUCUGCGUGUCCCUCUUCAUCAUGGUGGUGUGCUAUACCUCCAUAGGAGUGGUCCUGUGGGAAGGCCACGUGCAUCGCCGUGGAAAGCAGUGGCAUCGGCAGCGUACACUGAAGUUAAUGGUCGGUCUGGUGCUGGUUUUCAUAAUCUUCCAGCUGCCAUACACAGUGGUGCUGUCGCUAAAGAUCACGGGGCCGAAGUGCUUCCCGAUGGGGGAGUACAUCACCUGCACUCUGGCAUACACACGCUGUUGCCUAAACCCUGUGCUGUAUGCGCUGGUUGGCAUACGUUUUCGUAAAGACGUACUGCAGCUCAUGCACGAUUCGGGCUGUCCGUGUACGUUCCAGCUGAGGCUGCAUAGUGUCCACUCCACGUCCAUCUCUGCCUCCUCUCCUGCUCUUACUGUGCUGUCAGUUUGCUCCCCAACUUCACCCGAUCGCAGGUUUUCCAGCGGCGAUGGAUUAUCCCCUCUUAAAUUUCAGUUUCCAGCAAGCAAAUAAACUCAAAAGUGGACGAUAAGUGACUUUGCUUUGAAUACGUCUGUCAUUAUGACAAAAGCACAUGAAAAUCAGGCUAAAAAUCAUUGGCACGUGAUUUUAAACACCUGCUGCGGAUUCAGAAAUAUGUUGCUCGUGCACAUCUUCAAAAGAAAGUAGAUCUUAUCAAUCACUCUCUGAAAUCGUCCUCUGUUUCAAAGUUCUUUGUAUAAAAAGCUUUUGUUGUUCUUUCAGAACAGAGUCUUACUGAACUAAUAAAUUGUACAGAGUUUUCCACAUAAAUUGCAUGAAUUAAUGUCAUCUGUCAAAACUAAAAAGGACAAAAAGCAUUUAGUUUUUAUAUAAGUUUAUACCUUUAUAAUACCCAUUUAUACUACUUACAUAUUAAGAUCCAACUAUUAGAAAACUGUUUAACUUUUUGUUUUCUUGUAAAGGCCCACAAGAUAUUCACCCUUUUUCGUGAUUUGUCAAAGCUGUAAAUAUUUGCAUUUUUAGCUUCAUUUCUGUUUUUGUAAGUUAUUACAUUAUAAGUACCAUAUAUAUUGUUCUACAGUUCUUAUUUUCUGUUUUAUAUGAAGUACCUUGAAUUG